CAUGUGAGAAAGAGAGAGAGAGACGGCGGUGACAAUGGUGAUGCCGAUGACGAUCUGAAUUUCUGCCUCACAACGUCGAUAAGAGGCAACCCUCAUCAAGCGCCCGUGUCCACACGCGGCUCCCUCUCGUCCCCACACCCACAACCUGCCUCCCCACAUAAACCAAAUUCACAAGCCGAGGUAGUAGUACUCGAUCGAGAGAGAACCAGAGUGCGAGUCCUCAAGGUAUUGUCAGCCAUGGCUUCUGCUACCCUUUCUUCAUCCCACAUUGCCCUCAAGGCCGCCGCAGCCUCCUCUUCCUCCUCCUCUUCCUCUUCAAGGGCUUCCUCGUCUCUCUCUUGGUCCAAGCCCCUUGCGGGACGUGGCCUCCGCUCCUCCCCGCUCUCCCCUUCCUCCCUCCGCUUCUCUGCCUCCGAUUCCGCCGACUCCCUCCUCGCCGCCAUCCGCUCUCCCAUUCGCUCUGGUCUGCCAGCCCGCGGCCUCGUCGUCUCAAUGGCUAAGAAGAGCGUCGGCGAUCUCUCCGCUGCAGAUUUGAAGGGGAAGCGGGUCUUCGUCCGGGCGGACCUCAACGUUCCCCUGGACGAGAACCAGAAUAUCACCGAUGACACGAGGAUCAGAGCUGCGGUUCCGACCAUCAAGCAUUUGAUCUCAAAUGGCGCCAAAGUCAUUCUCUCCAGCCAUCUGGGACGUCCAAAAGGUGUCACACCAAAGUACAGCUUGAACCCUCUUGUCCCCCGGUUGUCUGAACUCCUUGGUAUUAAGGUUGACAAAGCUGAUGACUGCAUUGGUGAAGCAGUAGAGAAGCAGGUGGCUGCACUUCCAGAUGGAACUGUUUUGCUUCUAGAAAAUGUCAGGUUUUACAAGGAAGAAGAGAAAAAUGAUCCAGAGUUUGCCAAGAAACUGGCUUCACUUGCAGAUCUGUAUGUAAAUGAUGCGUUUGGUACUGCACAUAGAGCUCAUGCUUCAACAGAGGGAGUGACAAAGUUCUUGAAGCCUUCAGUGGCUGGAUUCCUUUUGCAGAAGGAGCUGGAUUAUCUUGUUGGUGCUGUUUCAAAUCCCAAGAGACCAUUUGCUGCCAUUGUUGGAGGUUCAAAGGUGUCAUCGAAGAUAGGAGUGAUUGAGUCGCUAUUGGAAAAGGUUGAUAUUCUUCUUCUUGGUGGAGGAAUGAUCUUCACAUUUUACAAGGCACAAGGUCUUUCAGUGGGAUCGUCACUAGUGGAAGAGGAUAAGCUCGAUCUUGCAACCACACUUCUUGAGAAAGCCAAAGCCAAAGGAGUAUCUCUCUUGUUGCCCACUGAUGUUGUUAUUGCUGACAAAUUUGCUCCUGAUGCCAACAGCAAGACUGUUCCAGCUUCUGCGAUCCCUGAUGGUUGGAUGGGACUUGAUAUUGGUCCUGACUCCAUCAAGACUUUUAGUGAGGCAUUGGACACUACUCAGACAGUAAUAUGGAACGGUCCCAUGGGAGUCUUUGAGUUUGACAAAUUUGCAGUGGGAACUGAGGCCAUUGCUCGGCAACUUGCGGAUCUGAGUGGCAAAGGAGUGACAACAAUCAUAGGUGGUGGAGAUUCGGUUGCUGCAGUUGAGAAAGUAGGAGUUGCAGACAAGAUGAGCCACAUCUCUACAGGAGGUGGUGCUAGCUUGGAGUUGUUGGAAGGGAAGGUUCUUCCUGGAGUUCUGGCUCUUGAUGAAGCCGUCCCUGUCACUGUGUAAGGCAUUGAAGACUUGACAUGGUGAUUAGCUUGUUAGUGGUGAAAGCUUUGUAGAGUGUUUUGGAACAAUCUGAUGGUAAAUUCUGAUUUUUGUCUGAUCUUUUCUGGA